AUCCUUUUCCCCCUCCUACUUUUCUCUCUCUCUCUCCCUCUGUCUGCCUGCCUGUUACAUAUGGAAGCAGAGUUUUUAAUCCAAAUGGAUUGUGCAGCAAAUUUGGCAGCCACGGAGAGGAGCAGAAACCACUGCGAGUGUGAAAAAAAAAGCAAAAACUGAAGGAGCCAAAGACAGAUAAAAUUGUCUUUGUCAGGUCCUAGCAGUCUGUGCUAGGUUUUCCAUUCAGUUCAUUGCAGAUGGCUCUGAGAUCUUCAAGGACUGCCUUUUUCCCUGACAAGGAUCAGAGCUGACAGAAGAUGCCACCUAAAGAACACGCUUACCAAGACAGUACGGAAGCCACAAAGGGUCAAAAGUCCAUCAGCAGAAACCUUGGUACUCUUUGCCUGCUGCAAGCAUGAGGAAACCAUUCUCUUCAAACUCCUGAUUAUUCCUUUGAACUUUAAAUCUGAAUUCUCUGAGACAUAUGAACUGGGAAUAACUUUGGGAAAGCAGGAUGGAAACAGGAACAUUGGGAAUAAGGAGCUUACUAAGGAUUCUGGGAUGUUUCUGCUUGUGGAUUCUGGCUGAUGCUCAAAUGAAGAUCCCACCAGAGACGGUGCAGCAGUGGGCAUCUGUGUUCUCUGUUCAGCUCCGAGACUUUUCAACCAAAUUCUCUGGCUCUCUGCUACUUCAGAAGAAACUAAAGGAUGUAGAAUCCAUUAUCAAGAUUACGGAGCUGAAUGGAGAUGAUUUAUUGAGGGACUACUCUGAGGAAAUCGAACGAAUGUUGGGAAGUAAGAUGAAGUCUGUAAAGAGGUUAGCAGAGUCUGCAGAAGAUGCUGACCUGUACCAUGAAUACAACAGUUCACUUAAGUUUGAUUAUUACAACUCCAUGCUGAUCAACACGAUGGAUGAAGACGGGAACUAUGUGGAGUUGGGUGGAGAGUUUCCGCUUGAAGAAAACGAACAUUUUAAUAACCUGCCUGUGAAUACUCAACAGAGCAACAUCCAGGUUCCCACCAAUGUCUACAACAAAGAUCCCAAACUACUUAAUGCCAUCUACAACUCCGAGGCUUUGAAUGAUGUCUACGUUAACAACUUUCUGAGAGAUCCCACACUUACUUGGCAGUACUUUGGCAGUUCCUAUGGCUUUUUUAGAAUCUACCCUGGUAUUAAAUGGACUCCUGACAACAACGGUGUGGUAGCCUUUGACAGUAGAAACAGAAACUGGUAUAUCCAGGCAGCUACAUCUCCCAAGGAUAUUAUCAUCAUGGUGGAUAUCAGUGGCAGCAUGAAGGGAUUAAAGAUGACCAUAGCCAAACACACGAUUAACACCAUCCUGGACACGCUAGGAGAGAAUGAUUUUGUCAAUGUCAUUGCUUACACUGACUAUGUUCGAUACGUGGAGCCAUGUUUUAGAGGAACGUUGGUGCAGGCUGACUUGGACAACAGGGAGCACUUUAAGCUUCUGGUGGAGGAGCUGCAUGUUAAAGGAGAAGCACAAAUAAAGAAUGCCAUGAAGGAGUCCUUUAAGAUCCUAAAUGAGGCGAGGAUGAAUGGUCAGGGCAGCAUGUGCAACCAGGCCAUCAUGCUAAUCACAGAUGGAGCCAUGGAGAACUUUGAGUCUGUCUUUGAAGAAUUUAACUGGCCAGAGCGCAGGGUCAGAGUGUUCACUUACCUGAUUGGUAGAGAGAUGACAUUUGCUCAAAAAACCAAGUGGAUUGCUUGCAACAACAAGGGUUACUACACACACAUCUCAACUCUGGCUGACGUUCAGGAGAAUGUCAUGGAGUAUCUGCAUGUUCUCAGUCGACCAAUGGUUAUCAACCACGACCAUGACAUCAUCUGGACAGAAGCCUACAUGGACACAGUGCUUCCCAACACAAAGGAGCUUUUCUACACCAAAGCUCAGAGUCUGCUGCUGAUGACUUCGGUGGCCAUGCCAGUUUUCAGCAAGAAGAAGGAAACGCUGUCGCAUGGCAUCCUGCUGGGUGUGGUUGGCACUGAUGUUCCCCUCAUGGAGGUGAUGAAGCUGGCACCGAGAUACAUACUGGGCCCGCAUGGCUAUGCCUUCCUCCUCAACAACAAUGGCUACAUCCUGGCUCAUCCUGACCUCCGACCUCUGUAUAAAGAUGGCAAGAAGCUGAAGCCAAAACCAAACUAUAACAGUGUGGAUCUGUCAGAGGUGGAGUGGGAGGACACAGAGGAAAUGCUGAGGACACCUAUGGUGAAAGGACAGACAGGCAGCAUGACCCUGAACAUCAGAGCCUCUGUGGAUAAAGGGAAAAGACCAAUGUACCUCAUCAACAACUACUUCUAUACAGACAUUGCUGAAACGCCUUUCAGCUUUGGCCUGGUGCUGACCAAGGGUCAUGGCAGUCUGAUGUUUACAGGAAAUGUAUCAGUGGAAGAAGGUCUGCAUGACAUGACCUCCCCUGACCUCAGCAUCGCCUCCGAGUGGACUUACUGUGAGACAGACAUCGACCCAGAUCACCGAAAAUACACUCAGUAUCAAGCAGUCAUCAGAUACCUACAGGGGAAGGAGCCUGACCUGGAGUGUGAUGAAUUGUUGCUCCAGCAGAUAUUGUUUGAUGCCAUUAUAACAGCCCCACUGGAGGCUUAUUGGAACUCAGUGAUGCUUAAUGACAGGGUAGAGCCGGGGGUGGAGACAGCUUUUCUUGGGACUCGCUCGGGCCUGUUGAGGUUAAUGAGAUAUGCAGGAACGGAGAAAAGAGUGGCAAAAAAAUUCCUGACUCCAUCAGACAAAGACAACCUGUUCACCAUUGACCAUUUCCCCCUCUGGUACCGCCUGGCGGUGGAAAACACUCCUGGGAGAUUUUUGUACUAUGCUGUUAAUGACAAAGGAGCGAAGUAUGUUAUAGCAACAACAGCUGUCACCGUGUCAUCUGGAGAAAGAAUGGCCAUGGCUGGAGCUAUCGGGGUACAGAUGUCCUUGGAUUGGCUGGAAAAAAGGUUCUGGGCCAUUGCCAAGCAGCCCAGUGACACAGAUUGCUCAAAUGUUGAGGGGGUGUGUCCUCUGAGCUGUGAAAGUGAUGACCUGAGUUGCUACCUAGUUGACAACAAUGGUUUCAUCCUGCUGUCUAAAGAGAGGAAUGAAGUUGGUCGUUUCUUUGGGGAGGUGGAUGGGUCCGUCAUGGCUUCACUGAUCAAAAUGGGAAUGUUUAAAAAAGUGUCUCUGUUUGACUACCAGGCUAUGUGCAAGAACAGCCACCAUCAUGCCAGCAGUGCUCGACCUUUGCUUAGUCCGUUCUACAUGAUUUUGGCUUUGAUGAGAUGGCUCUUCUCCAACGCUUUGAUGUUUGUGCUGGACUUCAACUUCUGCGGUCUCUGGCACUCUGACUAUUUUGUUGAUGCCAAAGCUGGCUAUCACACAUCUCAUAAGCAAAAGAAAGUGGAUGCGCUGCAGCCCUGUGACACUGCUUACCCCGGCUUCAUGUAUGACUCAUCGGUCAGGGAGGCCAACAGUCUCAUCAAGUGUGGACGCUGUCAGAAGAUGUUUGUGGUGCAGCAGGUUCCUGACAGUAACUUAGUUCUGGUUGUGACACAAGCCACCUGUGACUGCUCCCGUCAGUUUGGACCCAUCCUGCUGCAGCCAAAGGAAAUUAAAUAUAUCCUUCUACUGUUCAACAAAACGGCUCCCAACUAAAUGCAUACAUAGGUUCUGUUCUGGUCUUGGAAAAAGAAUAAAAAAUAAGAGCGAGAUCUCUGAUAUCGUCUCGUCAGUAGCUGCUGUACCUUGAGAUCUGCUCAGCACCUGCCCUCUGUGUAUGGAAAGCUUUUCUUAAUAUCUGUAAACAUAACGCAACUGUGAAGUGCAACAGGAUGAAAUCUCAGAAGGUGCGAAGGCGUCCAGAGUCCUGCCACUCCUACCACCCAAAGGAGGAUGCCAAGGACUGUGGAGGAGCAUCUGCCAUCUCCAUGUCUCUUUGUCUUUUUGCUGCAUCUCUGCUUUUCUCAGUGCUCCUCCAGUGGACAUAAACCAGGAAAAACCCAUCAAACCACCAGAAGACAAGAAAACACCAAGCAUUUUUUGCUGUAGUCAGUUUUAAACAAGCAUUCUGUGUUUUUCUUUGCUAACUGUGUGUAGGACUAUUUUUUUUCCAUAAUAUUUUUUGUUUAAUUCAAUUUAGAAUAUUUUUGAAAUACGUAUUAUCGGAUCAAAAAUAUGUAGAAGCAGAAACAGCAGCCAACUCUCCUGAGCUGACUUGUUGUGGGGGAAGUUGUUGCCUCCUGCUGGUCAGGUUUAAGAAGUGCAGCUUCAGCGUGCGAGUCGUUGCCGUUGUACUCAGAGAUGUAGCAUUCUUGUUACUUUUUCAUACAGAAAUGUUGUGUAUGCGUUGAGAUUUACAUUGUAAAAAAUAUCUGUUGGUCAGAGGUUACCGGGAACACACCACUCUGUGAAAGUCUUUAGUCAUGAUUCAUUUCCUUUUGCUUGCUUUUCUUUGUAAUAUUUGUAAAUAUCACAAGACUUUCCAAGUCUUUAAAAUUUAUAUUUAUUUUUUUGUUUGUUUUUAUUAACUCAUGAAACACUCAGUACCCAAAACACAAUGGAUCAGCAUAUUCCUGCGGACUUCCUUGAGUUGAACCUAUAAACAAAGACAACAUAGUUAUUGACAGAAAAAGCUAUUUUAGCACCAACAGGGUGAGUCAGAAAUAAUCUAGUUGCUAGCUGUAAACUCAGAAGACAUUAAAUUAUCGUGCACCUAGUAGGUCCUGAAUCUUCUAGAAUUUCUUCUGACCUUAACUGAUAUUUUGAGACAUUGUCAUUAAUAUAUAUUAAACUAAAGGCUGGAUUACAGUGAUGACAACUGAGGCAGGAUGUUAUGUAAAUUGUGAAGGGAUUAGCAACCCAAUGAAGCAUACUGUCAAGUGA